UUUUUUUUCAAAGUUACAGUCAUGGUAUCGUCAGCGUCCUCUGCCUCUUCUUCGCCUACGCCUGAGCCAGCACCGAAGAAAGCGGCUAAGAAAUCUAUCAAAGACAAAGGGAAAAGCAAGGCCCGUGUUGACGAACACGGGAAGAACGAGGGCACUGAUCCCAACUGGGCAUACGAACCACCAGAAGGAGCCGUCCUGCAAGAGAAUCCAGACAGCGGGGAAUUUGAUUGGGACUCUUUAAAUGAUGACGGGGAACUGGAAUUAUGGCUUAUACGCGUCCCAGAGAACUUGAAGACCAAAUAUCUAGAGAACGUCACUAUUGAAAUGCCGCGGGGUUCUUUGAGCGCAAAUAUAGGCAGAGUGUCCCGCAAAUCCCAUUCUUACGAUAUUUGGAAUGUUGGCAACGACGAUGACAGGCCUGUCGGUGGGGACGAAGUUUGUGACCUGGAAUGUCUUCUUCCCCGGAAAAGUAAAAAAGACGAUAUGUAUAUUGCUCCCCGGUCCAUAGCGCGUCGUUUGGUAAUUUCAGAACAAUCUGCAGUACCUAUGACGCCAGAAAACCAACCGAGUGAACCAUACAAAAAUCCACCUCGCCCAUCAUACCCGAAGGAACUGCUGAAACACUCCUUCAAACCAUAUGGCUCCAGCUCGAAACAGCCUCCUGCUGAUGACGCGAUGGUGCUCGACGAACAAGAGGUGCAGGAAGCGGCGAAGCAAGCAAAGGGUAAAAAACGAAAGGAUGAUGGUACAGGAGAGACGAAGAAAGCGAAAAAAUCAAAGAAAUAAUCGUCACCUUGUUGCGUACGAAUGCCAUCAUACUAAGACAAAUCGGUGACCAUGAAUGUGAAUUAUACACCGCGUUUCCGCU